AGCAAUUUAAGCAAUUUUUAAGACGAAACUUGUAACGUCCAAGAUCAUUGACAAUCCAUAACAAAUUAGAUAAGGCCUUAUCAGUCGACCCUUGAAUAUUUUAAUACCGAGAUGAAUGAAUCGUACCUCCAGUUCUGACCGCGAGGCGACAGUAGCAUGUGUUAUGUUCAAAAUUACCCAAAAAGCGAAAGAAAAGUUCAUGGAGUCUAAAUCUCGCAUAACUUUCUACAACAAGACGAAUUUGGUGUCAAUCAGUGCGAACCCUCUCGAGUUGAACAUUUUCGUGGACGUGUACCACAUUGAAAGUCCGGGCGAUGGCUCUUGACUUUGUUGCCGGUUGCAUUGGAGGAUGCGCCGGUGUGAUAGUUGGGCAUCCUUUGGAUACGAUUAAAGUGCAUCUGCAGACGCAGGAUGCGAAAAACCCGAAAUUCACCGGAACCGCUGACUGCUUCCGGAAGCUGGUAACGCGCGACGGCCUCCGGGGGCUCUACCGCGGGAUGACGAGUCCUUUGACCGGAGUUGCCGCAAUCAAUGCGAUAGUUUUCGGUGUUUAUGGCAACACUCAGCGGAGUUUAAACCCGGAAACGCUCCAGUCGAGUCUAAUCGCCGGAGCCACCGCCGGAUUUUUCCAGAGCUUUCUGUGCAGUCCGAUAGAAUUGGCGAAAUCGCGCCUGCAAGUGGCCAAAGACGCGUCCGGGCCGUUGGACUGCCUGAGACGGAUUUACCGGAGCGAGGGCGUGCGGGGGCUUUCCCGGGGGCUCAACGCGACGAUCCUCCGGGAGGUGCCCGCCUUCGGCGCCUACUUCCUCACUUACGAGUUUUUGACCCGGAGUGAGGACAGCCGGCCCGUUUCGACCGGAACCAUGCUAAUUUCCGGCGGGAUUUCCGGGAUGGUGUCCUGGAUUGUCGUGUAUCCCAUCGACGUGGUCAAAACCCGCUUGCAGAUUGACAGAACGUAUAUGAGUUCGCUCGAUUGUUUGAGGAAAAGUGUGGCGAGCGAAGGUUACAGAGUUUUGUACAAAGGGCUUUCGCCCACGCUUUUGCGUGCGUUUCCCGUCAACGCCGCCACUUUCGCUGUUGUUACAUGGACGGUGCGUUUGUAUGAGGGGGAUUUGUGGGGGCGGUGCACUGAUGCUGUAUAUACACUUAAAGUGUCAGAGGCUGUUCCCUUUUGAAACGUGUAAUCAAUUUUCAAGAAAAUGUGUUUUGCUUGUUUUGUGAUAAAUUAUACAAACUGGUGUUUUAUCACGUGAAUAUGCAAAAAUGGGACGAUGGGGAGAUAAUCAGGCGAUUUUCAGGACAUUAUGGAGGCGCCAGGAAUGCGGGACUUUGUAGUUAUGUAGAUUUUGACAUUGAAAUAAAAUGCUUUUCGUUA